CAUCCAGGCGCUCUGGACAGCUUUGUGCUGCAAGCCAUUUCGACGUUCCUUCAGCAGCUGACACGCGUCUGUCAAACUCUAGCGCAGAAUCGAGAAGCUUACGCGAACUUGCUACGAGCUAUCCCAGACCUGCUUACCAGCGCAUAGCACCAGCAGCAACCUCGAUAUAGCCCAGCUGCAGCAGCACGAGCAGGAAGACUUGCAGCCACUUCGGCCCCGCUUCCCAUUAAAGGCGCCUAGCUCCUUCUUGCGAGGGAAGGAGCAUCCUUCCCUCGCUCGUCUGAAGCAUCGAGCAAAGGCAUCCUCCUUCUCGGGAAGGAUGAGUAACUACAACCCGCCGGGCGGCGGUAGCAGCAUCUCCCGGGACCAGCUCGACGUCUUCACCAGUCUGGUGGACGAGGUGUAUGGCAGUAGCAGCGGCGGCGCCGCAGCAGCAGGCAGUAGCGGCAGCGGCAGUAGCAACAGCCGUGGUAGUGCUACCGCCGGCCGUAGCACGGCGCCGCAGGCGUGGCGGUGGUGGCUCAGGCCGGCGGCGGCGCCGCCGCUAGAGCCGGAGCCGGAGCCGGAGCAGCAGCGGCCAUUGGGGCAGCCGUUAUCGGUGGUGCCGCCUGUCAUGCUGAUGGACGCCGCUGAGGAUCCCGGCAGCGGCAGCGGCAGCGGCAGCAACUACGCGGCGGGCGCGGCAGUAGCAGUGGAACAGGGGCCCGGGGACCCCCUGCUGCAGGGCACCCGCGAAGACCCCCAACAGCACCAACCACAACAGCACCAACCACAACAGCAGCAGCCGCAACAGCAGCAGCGGCCUCUGCGGCGCAGCUGGACGGACGGCGCCUUCGGCGCCUCAGCCGCCGCCAUGGCCCUGCUCGCCAGCGGCGCCGCCUCCCUCGCCGCCGCCGCGCCCGGCACCGCCGCUGCCGCCGCCGCCCCUGUAGAGCCGCCGCUGCCGUGCCCGCUGCUGGACCUGCCCAACGACCUGCUACUGCUCAUCAUGCUAGCUUGCGUCACACCCGGCGGCGGUGGCGGCGGCGGCGCAUCUGGGUCGCCCUCCGUCGCCUUUCAAGAGGCGCUGGCAGCGCUGCGCAAGUCGUCGCCGGCAGCGGCGGGAUACGGCGGCGGUGGCGGCGGCGGACCUCUGGGCAGGCACGGCGGCGGCAGUAGCGCCGCCGCCACUUCGCUGCUACAGCCGCCGGCGAGCCCGGGCUGGAGCUUCGCGCUGAUUGCCAGCCCCGGGCCGAGCAGCCCGGUGCGGCUGCCGGCGGCUGUAGCAGCAGCCCGCCGCCAGGGGCGCCGCCGCGGUGGCGGCGGAGGCGCUGGUGAAGGCGUGCUGGGCGGCAGUAGCAUUACGGGCGGGAGCGGCUGUAGCAGCGCGGAGGGCCUUCGGGCUGCAGCCAGCGGCGCCAUGGCGUGUCGGCGGCUGCGGGCGGCCUACCAGCUGCUGCUGGCGGCGCGGCCGGACCUGGCAAUGCAGGCGGAGGCGUCGCUGCGGUCGCUGUGUGAGAAGCGGCGGCUGGUGCGGCGGCUCACCAUCACACAGCACGACGCCUAUGUGGCGCGAGAGCUGGUGGCGGAGGGCACAGCUGGCGUGGCUCUGGCCUCGGCCCUGGCGCUCUUCUGCAGCGCCGUGGGCGCCUGCACUGCCGGCAGCAGCAGCGGCAGUAGCAGCUGGUUCGGCACCGCGGCUGUAGCAGCGGGCGGCUUCAGUGCCGCCGGCGGCAGUAGCAGCGGCGCAGCCGCGGCGGCCUGGGGCUGGCUGCUGUCGCUGUUCGCGGCGCUGCUGGGAGGCAGCGGCGGCGGUGGCGAGGGCCGCGGCGGCGGCGGCGGUGGUGAGGGCGGUGUGGCUCUGCAGGUGGUGUUGAACUAUGUGGUGUUCACGGCGGUGCACGUGCUGCUGCACACAGCCAUACUGGCGGCGGCGUUCAGGGUGUCGGCCUGGCUGGGCACUCGCCGCUCGCUGGUGCUGGGCGGCGCCUGGCUGCUGGGCCACUACUGCCUCGCCGUGCCCGCCGCCCGCCGCCUGCUGCUGCUGCGCCGCCUGCCGCCGCGCCUCAACCUGGAGCCCUGGCACCGCGCCGCCGCCGACCCGCCGCCGCACUACGCCGCGGCGGCGCUGCUGUGGCCGCUGUACGGCGACGGGCUGCACUGGCAGUUGAUCCACCUGCUCAGCAACGGCUUCGCGUGGGCGUACGGCGCGUACGAGUGGCAGCACUCGUUCAGCGCGGUGCGCGCGCGGAACGGGCUGCGGUACUGAUGGGGACUGAGCGGGGCGGCGAGCGGGUGACGCUGGGGUGGGGCGGGGUAGGUGGCGCUGCCGCGCUGGUGAUUUUUGGGCUGUGACGGGGGGUAGUGGGAGCCGUGGAGGCCUGGGCUGGAAGGGGAUAGGGUAGAUAGGCAGGGCAGAGAACGCUAGCGAAGUGCUUGCUAGUGAAUGCGAAUGCAAGACGCCGUCGCGAGCUCCAGGCUAGCACGCUGUCUACAGAAUAGACAGAGCAGCACGUACGGUAGGGUGAAGUCUUAAAAGCUUGGGUUUGAGGUCGAUCUGAGGUCGGUGAGAAAACUGAGCAUAUGAG